UGAUGAGCCGCUAGAUGUCGCCAACAGCGAUGAGUUUUUUUGUUGAUAGCUCAGCUCAGUUCAUAACAAAAACUCAGCUUCAAGCUUGACAGACAUUCUCGGGGAUUAUCAGAGUUGUAGAUUUUUGUUUAUUACUUAUUAUUUUGAAUUUGUAAGCUAUUUUUUGUGUGUCUAUCGUCUAUUUCAAACUUGUGUCGGAGUUUAUUCUCGUUGUUGUUUGCGAACUAGCAAAUCGAUUUUAAUCUUAACUUAGCAACGUUAGCUAACGUUAACGUACGUAGCUAAACAAUUUAUUUGAGUUUAGAUUUUUAAUGUAAGUUAGUGAUUUGAGGGUCGAACGCAUAUAACAGUUAAAGCAAACUGUUUCAACUUUAACCGAUGAUCAAAAGGCUGCACUAAGUGAUAACUAGGUGCAUACCACAGAGAUCACAGAGAUAAGAGGGGAAUUUUCCUGACGUAUUUUGUAGUUUAGCAAAACAUUUGCCUAUAUUAGUUAUAUAGUAAUACACUGAUGAUAAUUUAAACCUAUAGAUGCAAAUAUUACAAGUUAAAGGUGGUUAGUUUAUUAGAAAUAUGAUUAACAUUCUUACAUAAUUUUUUAGUUAAGGCAUAGUGUAAGUAUUAUAUUAUGCAGUUUAAUACCUUUAAAAAUUCUUCUUUUUGAUAACCACAAUGCAGGAUCCAAUUCCACCUUCCCCUAUAAGACCAGCUGUGGCCCCAUCAGUAGAAUUGGGUGUCACAAUUUUUUACACCUUUUUUUAUGGGUGUCUGUUUUUAGUUGUAUACAUUCAACUUUGGUUACUGUUACUGUAUCGGCACAAACGUUGGAGCUACCAGAGCGUUUUUCUUUUUCUUUGCCUGUUCUGGUCAGGCCUUCGCACAACACUCUUUUCAUUUUAUUUUCGAGAUGCCCUUGCAGCCAACCACCUACCCACUCCGGCCUACUGGCUCCUCUAUUGUUUUCCUGUGUGCCUGCAGUUUUUCACCUUGAGUCUCUUUAAUCUUUACUUCACUCAGGAAUUGCUUAAAGUUAGACGCGUAUUCAAUGUGGAGCCCAAUAAAGGACUAUGGGUGGCUCGCUGUGUGUAUACAGCCAUGAGUGUCAUCUUCCUGUGUGUCAAUGUAGUUUGCGCAAGCCUUGAAGAGCGUGGUGGUUCAGGUGAUAAAGCAUGGAGUCUGGUGCUGAUUCGGGUGCUGGUGAAUGACCUGCUGUUCAUUUUGGAAGCUGUCUGCUUGGCCAUAUCUCUGCUCCUGUUAAUGCGAUUUUCCUCCUUGACUAUCCCUUAUCUAAGCACUAAGGGGAUUUGCCGGACUGCAGUGCUUGGGGCCGGUGUCAUCUUGCUCUUCGCCAGUAGGGCCUGCUACAACCUGGCGGUGUUGUUUUUGUCUCAAAAACAUAAAAUAGAGGCCUUUGAUUAUGACUGGUACAACAUCUCGGAUCAGGCUGAUCUUCGCAGCGUACUUGGAGACAGAGAAUACAUUAUUUUUGGAGCUGUACUUUUCAUUUGGGAACUGCUACCUACCAGCUUGCUCAUUAUUAUCUUCAGAGUUCGCCAGCCUUCCCAAGAAAAGAACUGCACCCCAGCUAUUGGCAACAGGCGUAGUUCUCGGCCGUAUUUUUUUGACGAUCCUCGUGGGAUGGAUGGUGAUAGUGGUGCUUCCUGGAGUCACAGCAUAAAUCCCUAUAACAGCUGGUUUGGGUCUAGUGAGACCACCCCACUCCUCUUCAACAGGACUGAGCAGGGCAGCCAGCAUCACUCUCUAUACUCAACUCCACAGGCCUGACCACUAUGCAAAGCUCCAGAGAUCUGACUCUGAUCCUCUCAGGCAAUAGUUCUGCAUUACCUCUUCCUGUUGACAAGCUCAAUGGGAAAUCUUGCACUAAAAUGUAUCAGAAGCAUCUAAACUUCUGAAAUUGCACAUCGACUUUGUAAAGCUGAUUACAAAUAGACUGAAUGAUCAUUACAUAAACUUUAACACGGUUAAUAUUUUUUUCUAUACAUGUUAGGACUAAAUGGUGAGUUGUGGCCACAUUUAUCCUUUUAUUAGCUGGAUUAUCUAUAAAAUGUAUUUUUUCCAGAUGUGAAUUAUGUUUGGAAUAACAACAUUCCAUUGCAAAUGGUGUUUAAAGGGAACAAUAACUUUUAUUAACCUUGUGCUGAAAUUUAAGAUUUAUUUUAAUAAUAAAUUAAUUUAAUUAUUACAUUUUGUAACUAAUUGUGCUUUCAUGUACUGUCAUUAUUAAAAGUUUUCAUAAUUACAUAAAAUAAACCAAUGGUGUGCUGGUGUUCAUUACUACUAUUUUCUAGAAAGUAUACAUUAAACUGUUGAUAAGGUGUUACUAUCAACUACAAAGCUACCCAUAGAUUCUUAUCGGCAUUACGAGAAUUUUUAACUAUCACGAUUCCUACACGUUUAUAUAUUUUUGAUUGAU